GGUGAUGCUGUGUGCCCAACGCUGAGCUGCGGUGGUACACGUAUGUAACCGUUUACGUCAUAGGUGUACACUAGGCUUCGAAAAUGGCUAAAGAUAGCUCGGUGCAGGAUAAAGAUAAACCUGUGAAGAUUAAUAAAUGGGACAGUUCUGCUGUAAAAAAUGCUUUGGAUGAUGCUGUGAAGGAGGUCUUAACAAAGAAGUUCAAUUAUGUUGAAAAUUUUAAACUAAUGGAUGGCAGAUUGGUAAUGUGUGGCAUAGCUGUUGGUGUAGCCAUGUUUGCACUAUUGUGGGAUUACCUGUAUCCAUUUCCACAGUCCAGUUGUGUACUUUUAUUCUGUGUGAUCACGUACUUUGUUAUGAUGUUAAUCCUUACUCUGUACACGACAUACAAAGAAAAAGGAAUAUUUGUGGUGACAAUCCAGAAGGACCCAGCUGGCUUUGUGCCUGAUAAUAUAUGGGAAGCCAGUUCUUAUAUAAAGAAAUAUGAUGACAAGUACAACCUGGUUCUGAGUUGCAAAGAUGGCAAAACAGGGACAUUGAGAGAAGCCUCAUUGGUGAAGUCUGUUGCUAACUUCUUUGACGACAGUGGAAUGUUAAUAUAUGAAGUUCUCGAGCCAGAAAUAAGUAAACUACAUAACAGUCUCCUCUCAGAUCGGAAAGAAAAAUAGCACUAGUGUCUGUCACGAGGACUCUGAAAUUUGAAAACUUUGCAAUUCCAGAAAUAUAUAGCAUAACAUUCUUCUGUUUGAUUGAAUUGUGUUCUAGUAAGUACUGGGCAAUGGAAAAUUAUUGGACCUACCACAUAUAUGAAAGGCAUCAUUGAAUUUAUUUAUAACAGCAAUUUGAAAUAUAGUAUUCACUUUGAAACGGCAUUUUAAAGGCUUGUAGAAUUGUUCUGUUUCCAAAUACCUAUGAUUUAAGAAGAAAAGCUGGAGUAACAAAAAUCAGAUGUAUGAGAACUAUACUGACUGAAAAACGUUCUUAGCUGUCCUCACUUAUGCCAAAAACGUUGGUGUGGACAAGAAACGAAAUGGUGCCAACUGAAACCUGUUCUGAUCUACAAACUCUACCUACAAUAGUUAUUUUCUGAACACCUGUUUUGGCUCUUGUUCUGGUAGGUGCACAGAUCAAAUCGAUCUUGCCGUAAAUAUAAGGUAAUUCUUCCUUCUUUGAUUAAAUAGAGGAAAUAAAUGGAAGAGUGUUGAUUGAAUUUUUUGAAAUAAAAAUGUUUCUGUUUUUUUUUAUUUAUGAACAGAUCUGUAACAUUUUCAUACUGACUUCAAUGUAUGUGUGCAGAAAUAUGUGGUGGAAAAAUUAAACGCAUUUAUCAAAGAAAUGACACAAAGUACCAGUUCUCCAUCACUUCCAGUGUUACAUGUUCCCAUGCAGAAAUAAGAAUUGUGCUUCGUUUCUCUGCUGAUAUAAAUUGUGCACAAAUAUACUGUGAAAAAAUUCAUUGCCUUCUUCAAGGACAUGUCACAACCAAUUUUGCAUCGCUUCUACCCAUUAUUACAUAUGUCUUUAAAUACACAUUUUAUUUUUACGUUCAAAGAUAUGUAGAUUUUCUGAAGAUAGAUGUCUUCCAGUCAAAAGGCAGUGAACGUGUAUAUGAGAACUGAACUGUCAUUGUGUAUGAAAGUGCGAUUUUCAGGAUGAGGAUAUUUAUUACCUUUCACCCCCUCCUGUAGUAUAACUAAGAUGUAUUUUAAUGAUUGCACAUGUAGUGAGAUAAAAUAAACAGUUUUGUUCAUUUUAUACAUUUUUUGCAAUAAUUUGUGUGAUGAUAGUAUCAUUAAUUUUUUCAUCUCCUUUCAAUUUCACUUCUACAUUCCCAGUCAUACAGUAGCAAUGGUACAGUGUAACUGUACUUUGUGUUUGUCAUAUCUAAAUAAGAUUCAAUUGUACUUUUUUUUCUUCUGGUUUUUAUUAAAGGCGUGAGAGCUACUUUGUAACAAAUAUUAUUUUCCAGAUUAUAUUAAUGCACAUUUAGUUCCAGAAAAUAUUGCCUGAAUUCACAUGCAUCUUACAAUCCAGAUGUAUAACAAGAUGACAAGUAAAACAUUUGAAGUCAGUUUAGUGUAAAGAUGCAUUUCUCAAAAUUUCUCUUGUUUGUUCAGGAGAUAUCAUGUGGUCAGUUGUUUUCCACAUUGCAGCAUAUGGAGACAGUGCAGAUGAACAUCUACUUACAAACUUUGGAAAAACCAACUAUUCUUAUUUGCGAAUAUUGUAUGGACAAAUAAAAUGUGACUCCCAGUUCAUUCAACAGAUAAAUCCCAGUGCUUACAAACAUUUUAAAAAUUAAGAUUAACAAAUUUAACAAUAUAUCUUAUGAAAAAAGUAAAUUGUGCUUACAUAUUUCAAAGAACACAUUAUGUUUAAGUUCGCUUGUAGUUGUACAAAGUCUUUGUUGUCACUGGAUUCAUCGCCAUUGAUUGUGGAGAAAUAGUGUUACGUCAGUUUCACUAUCUGGCUUUUCUUCUUUCAAGAAAGAGAAUGUAAAGCAGUUGUCAUCAGCCAUCAGUGUGUAUUGUGCAGGUUAAAAACAUAAGCAUGACUCAGAUUGUGUAUCGAUAUUACGCAUUCAGUCAAAAUACUGAAACUGAUAUGGAAGAGAAAUGUAAUCCUAGUGACAAACUAAGUCAUAUGUCAUCAUUGUUAAUCACUUGCAUCUAGUGGUAAGGUUAAUGCAUGAAGCUAUGCCUCUACUGCACACACCUUCGUGACAGUUGUUAAUUAAGAACAGGAACCACUAAUUUCCCCCCAGAUGUUUGGCCAAGUCGGAAUCACGUUUACAUAUACUUCCAGAUGUGUUAGUGCAGAAUAUGAAGUUCUAGAUUUCAGUUUCAAACUUUCCAGCAUUGCUAGCUGCACAUCUGUUACUGAUGUUUGUAGGUGCAUUGACAUACUUGCGCCAAAAGUGGUUCCUCUUAAUCGUAUUGUAUAAUGGUAAAUGAUAAUGAGAUAUCUCCCUGUCAUUUAUUUGUAUGUACAUGUUUUGUUUUCUCCUCUUGCUGAGGCUUACUUUAUAAUGACUUUUGGACUGUUGAUUAAGCACAAAUAAAUAAAGAAUGGAAUUAUUA